AUGAUGCGCCAAAUGUACGACGAGGAGUCCGAAAAGGACGAUACUCUCUCCGCUAUGAACAGUCAUACUUCAUUGAACGGGAAGCCUGAUUCAACGGGCGCAAUGCUCCGCCUUUCUCUUUGGGUUGCCUUCGCGGCUUGGAUUGUUAACUUCGAUAAUGGAUACACGGGCACUGUGCUCAUUAUGCCUUCAUACAAGAAGGCUUUCGGUACUUGCAGCGACCUUAUGGAUCCGAAGACUGGCGAGGUUGUCGAGCAGUGCUUUAUUACCCCUCUACAACAAUCUCUCAUAAGUCUGAACUACAUGUUCAUCGGUAUCGGGGGCGGGGUAUCUGCUUUAUCAGGCCGCUUUUUUGGUCGCCGUGGUACGAUUCAGAUUGGGUGUGCGCUUGCUAUCAUCGGUGCUGCCGGGAUGCUAGGUACAGGAGGACGAGGCCAGGGCAGUUUCGUGCAUUACAUGGUGUGUCGGUGUAUUAGCGCUAUUGGUCUUGGACAGUUGAUAUCCGCCAGCACAGCAUACGGAUCAGAGUGUAUCGUCGCGCACAAGCGUGGGUUCUCGUUGGGACUGUAUAAUGUCGGACUUGCGAUGGGGAACGUUGCUUCUUCUGCUGUAUGUGCCGGAUCGGCGCAGUUUGAGCCGGGAAAUAAUUGGCAAUGGAAGACGCCGAUCUUGUGUCAGAUUCCAAUGGGCAUUAUUCUUGGAGCCGGGAUCUUGAUGUUUCCUGAGUCGCCGCGAUGGAUCCUAAAUAAUGACCCUGAGAAUGAAGAGGAGGCAAGAAGGGCUUUCGCAAUGCUCUACCGGAUGGAUCCAUUUGCGCCUGAAAUCACAAAUCAGAUUGAAGAGGUAAAGGCACAUAUCAAGGCUGAGCGGACGGCGAAGAAGUCUGUUUCGUGGUAUCAGAUUUACUCGUCGCAUAAUAUUCGGAGGACUUCUGCGUCAGCGUUGAUCAUGAUUGGACUUUCGAUUACUGGGAUUCAAUUCGUGCAGCCGUACGCCACUACCUUCCUUCGGGGUGCUGGGAUGAGCAACCCAUACUUGAUCAACGUUAUCAUUGGCCUGUGUAUUCUUGGAGGAUCAGGCUUAGGUCCCGCUGUGGUUGAAUAUGGAGGACGCCGACUCGGUAUUUUGGCUGGAUACACAGUAAUGGCAGUGUGCAUGUUGAUUCUAUCGUCCGUCAGCACAGCACUAGGCCAAGAUUCCGUGUCCAAAAUCGUCGUCGUCAUCCUCCUAUGCUUCUGGGCCUUCAUCUUCGGUGGAACAAUUGCUCCUACAGCAUAUCUAGCAUCUGUAGAGAUGCACAGUGUCUCCUUACGAACAUAUGGACAAGCAAACACGACAAUCCUAUACGGUGCAUUCUCAUUCGGCGCCACCUUUUGGACGCCGUAUAUGUUAGAUGCACAAUAUGGUAAUAUGGGACCCAAUGUGGGCUACUUCUACGCUGGCGUGACGGUUAUUAUUACUGUGUUCGUUUUUCUGCUUGUACCAGAGACUGCUAGUCUUACUUUGGAGCAGAUUGACGAUCAUUUCAAUUCGGGACGUCCGGCUUGGAAGACUUCUGUGGCGCGAAAUAAGGAGCUUGUUCAGCUUCGUGGCCGGGAGUUGCAGGCAAGUGAAUAA